AUGGUGGACCAACAUCAGCAUCUUAAUUCAACCGGUUCAACCGAGCAGGCGAAAGGUACAAGCCAAGCCAACAGCUCGCUUCAAUCUGGAAAAAGGCACACAGAAUUCAGCUGCGGAUUCUCCCAGCAACGACGCAGACCUUGA